UGGAUAAUUCUAGAAGAGCGUCAGUGAGAGUCCAGCUCUAACGCUACUGACAGCACAGGGCCUGAGUUUGACCAGCAGAGCUCAUUUAAUAGACUUUCAGCGGCUUUGCGAAGACCUCUUGCUCAGCGUUCGUCUGAAGUGAUCGAUAGAAAAGUCCAGGAUGUUGUCCGCGGCGAGAACAGCAGUGAGGAGCGUGUCGAGCUCGCAGAAAACCGGCAGCGGUGUGUCAGAUCUCGUCAAGAAGGCGUGUUGGAGUGGACUGACUCAGCAGAGUCUCCAGACGGUGUGCAGACGUCGUUAUGCGUCGGAGGCGAUCAGAGGCGCCGUCAUUGGCAUCGACCUGGGAACCACCAACUCCUGCGUGGCUGUGAUGGAGGGAAAACAAGCAAAGGUGCUGGAGAACGCGGAGGGAGCGAGGACGACGCCGUCGGUCGUGGCCUUCACCGCCGAUGGAGAGAGACUCGUGGGGAUGCCUGCUAAACGCCAGGCCGUCACCAACCCCAACAACACGCUCUACGCCACCAAGCGGCUGAUCGGACGCCGCUACGACGACCCUGAAGUUCAGAAAGAUCUGAAGAACGUGCCCUAUAAGAUCGUGCGGGCGUCUAACGGAGACGCCUGGCUGGAAGCCCACGGUAAACUGUACUCUCCCAGUCAGGCCGGGGCCUUCAUCCUCAUGAAGAUGAAGGAGACCGCAGAAAGCUACCUGGGUCACUCGGUGAAGAACGCUGUUAUUACUGUACCUGCUUACUUCAACGACUCCCAGAGACAGGCGACGAAGGACGCCGGGCAGAUCUCCGGGUUGAACGUGCUGCGUGUUAUUAAUGAGCCCACGGCUGCGGCUUUAGCCUACGGACUGGACAAGACUCAGGACAAGAUAAUUGCAGUGUAUGAUCUGGGCGGUGGGACGUUCGAUAUCUCAGUCCUGGAGAUCCAGAAGGGAGUUUUCGAGGUCAAGUCCACCAACGGAGACACCUUCUUGGGCGGAGAAGAUUUCGACCAGCAUCUUCUCAGACACAUAGUGAAGGAGUUCAAGAGAGAGUCUGGAGUGGAUCUGACCAAAGACAACAUGGCUCUGCAGCGGGUUCGAGAGGCGGCGGAGAAGGCCAAGUGUGAGCUGUCCUCGUCUCUGCAGACGGACAUCAACCUGCCGUACCUGACGAUGGACGCCUCUGGCCCCAAACAUCUGAACAUGAAGCUGACCCGGGCUCAGUUCGAGAGCAUCGUGGCGGACCUGAUCCGCAGGACCGUGGCUCCCUGUCAGAAGGCCAUGCAGGACGCGGAGGUCUCCAAGAGCGACAUCGGAGAAGUGCUGCUGGUCGGAGGAAUGAGCCGCAUGCCGAAGGUUCAGCAGACGGUCCAGGAUCUGUUCGGCCGAGCUCCCAGUAAGUCUGUGAACCCUGACGAAGCGGUGGCCAUCGGGGCGGCCAUCCAGGGCGGCGUUCUGGCCGGAGACGUGACGGACGUGCUGCUGCUGGACGUCACCCCGCUGUCCCUCGGCAUCGAGACGCUCGGAGGAGUCUUCACCAAACUCAUCAACAGAAACACCACCAUCCCCACCAAGAAGAGCCAGGUGUUCUCCACCGCCGCUGAUGGACAGACUCAGGUGGAGAUCAAGGUUUGUCAGGGAGAGCGAGAGAUGGCCACAGACAACAAGAUCCUGGGACAGUUCACGCUGGUGGGCAUCCCUCCGGCUCCUCGCGGCGUCCCGCAGAUCGAAGUCACCUUUGACAUCGACGCUAACGGGAUCGUUCACGUCUCCGCUAAAGACAAGGGCACCGGCCGAGAGCAGCAGAUCGUCAUCCAGUCGUCUGGGGGCCUCAGCAAAGACGACAUUGAAAACAUGAUCAAGAACGCCGAGAAGUACGCCGAGGAGGACCGGAGACGGAAGGAUCGAGUGGAAGCGGUCAACAUGGCCGAGGGCGUCGUUCACGACACCGAGUCAAAGAUGGAGGAGUUCAAGGAUCAGCUGCCGGCCGAUGAGUGUAACAAACUGAAGGAGGAGAUCGCUAAAGUACGAGAGCUGCUCUCGAGGAAGGACUCGGAGACGGGAGAGAACAUCAAGCAGGCGGCCACCAACCUGCAGCAGGCCUCGCUCAAGCUCUUCGAGAUGGCCUACAAGAAGAUGGCGUCGGAGCGUGACGGUGGCUCCGGGUCGGGCUCGGGCUCCGGAGGAGAGACAGGAGAGAAGAAGGAGGGCCAGCAGUGAAGCGCUGGAGUGUGUUUGGACUGAAUGAACGGCGUCCCUCUCCUCACCACACACACACACACACACACACACUGUUUCUGGCAGUACAUUCUACAAAACUAUAUUGUCCUGGCUCCUGCUUUAAUGUCUAGAAGUUUAAAUUGAGUUAUGAAAAUAACCUGCGUCAGUCUUGAAGCGUCUGGUUGUCCCUCGGGGCUCUAAGCUGAUCACAGACACGACUCCAGCCUUUCAGACGUGCAUUCCUGCCUGAUUUAUGUGAGCGCUGCUUCUUUUGUUUUUGCUCUUUUGAGAAUGAACGAGGCUGAAUGUGUGGCUGAACGGCUUCGGGAUGUCUAACGUAUUUAAAAUAUCAAGACGCCAAUGUUUUAUAUUUAAAUGAUGUAUAUCGGUUCUGCUUAAAUCUCUCGUUUCUUACGCUUGUGCACAUGUUUGAGCUGAGAGGAUGAGCGAUAAACUCAAUGAUAGAAGAAUAUCUACUGUGGGAUUCAUAGUCGAGUCUAAUUGUCAUGUAUUUUUGCUGCUCGUACCGGCAGCGUGAAUCAGGAGCUGUUCUCCCUCCAGGACCGGUCCGCUCUGAUUUAGUGAUGUGUUUGUCUCAGAACAGCCACGGUAUAAAACGAAGCCCAUCUGCCCAUGACUUUCUGGUUCAUUACAGAAGAAUAUCCUCCGUAGCUCUGUACAAAGGCUGAUGUCUGUUGAAAUUGUUAAAUGUUCAUUAAGGAAUCGAAUGAUUUAAUAGGUUUAAAGAAAUUAAUAUUCCAAUACAGUCUUUUAUAAUAAAAUUGUGUUUGAACUCGU